CCUGUACCCAUGACUCCAUCACAAGCCCUUGCCCUUGACACUUGAUCUGAUCCAGAAGACCUAUCUAUCUUUUCACUUGAACCAGUCGAUUAUUCAAUUAUAAAUGACUAGUAUAUCUCUAUUCCAUCUUACCUCUUUCUCUUAAUAGACCAUCUACCAUGUAUCCGAUCCUACAGAACCGAUACCUCGAUCCAGAGGCCCUUCCCACUCAACCAGAAGGCAUAUCAUGGCUAGAGACGCGAGAGGACGAAAUGGUCUGCAAAACAUAUUUAUUUGUAUUCAUAUCUAGAACUACGUGUGGUGUGUGUGUUACUGACUCAUUAGAAUGCCUGCCUCUCAGAAGCCCUCUCAUGCACGACAUGCUCCAUGCCCUCUCCCAGGAAGAUGAUCCACGAUAUCGAAACAAACACGUACCGGUUCUGGAGCGACCCGCCCUUUGCGCAUACACGCGACGAAGACGUUUCUCCGCUCGACGAGGCCGUCGCACUGCGUGAACCGCAAUACGGUCGUCUUGCGACGCCUGCCCAGCGCGGUCGAUAUCUGGCCCUCGUGGAGGAGAGUGUGGAUUUCGUCCGGGCUGAGCUCAACGUGAAUAUAAACACGACUGUGGAUGUGAAUGUGGAUGACAAUAUGGAAAUUCACCUGCUGUUCGCCUGUUAUCGGGUAGACCAUCAUAUCCAUCAGCAUUAUCUGGCCCGGUCUUCGGUCUUGACCCUCGUGCGGGACACGGACGAGCUGCACGAAUUAAGAAGGUGGAUGUGGACGGUUUCCAGUCCGAGAUAUAACUGGAAUAGUACCUCCUCCCACGAGAUCGGCUCGAUGCAAAAACCAGGUGACAAGGUACGCAGAUGGCGCUGGCCCCGUGACCACCUGGCGAUGAUGCAUCAAGUGGCCCAGUGGAGGCGCCAAUGGAGGCUGCGCCAGCUGCGUGUGCUGGAAUCAAGGGUCAAGUGGGCAAGGAUCAUGGAGGAGAGGCGCUGGCAGAGAUUUGUUCUGAUGCUGUGGAUUUCUCACACUUCUGUCAACUAGCCUAAAGGAAGUGACUGAAAAAGUAUCCAUAUGCUGGAUAUGCAUUUGACCAAAAUGUACAUAUAUAAACUUUCAGUAGUUAUCGCUGAGAACAAGUGUAUACCAGUUGCAAAACUCAUGUCUAAAUAAAACCCAA